AUGAAUUUGAGUAUUUUUACUAUUGUUUUAAUUUAUUUUGUUUCACCAUCUCACGAAAAUGUUUAUUUUUCCGUUCCAUUUUAUCAACAUUUUAACAGUCGAUCAAGUACAUACGAAUACCGAGGAAAAAUUUUUAGUAAAUUAAAAAAUUUAAUACGAACUGUUUCAUUAGAAUUUCCAGAAGUACCAUACAAAAGUAUAUUAUUUAAAAGAGAAUUUAUAACUUAUGAAAACAGAGUAAAUGAUACUCGUUCAGAUCACAGAUACCUUCAAGUUAAAAUAAAUGGUAAAUCCAGAUAUAUAACUCUUCCAUCAAAUCAGGUGCCGGUAGAAUUUGUCAUGCAUAAUGGAAGAAAAUAUUUUUUUUGUAAUAGAAGCCCCUUUAAAACAUAUAAAGAAGCUAAAAUAUAUUCUGAACAUAUAGAAAAAUAUAGUAGCUUAAGAUCACAACAUAGACUUUUAGGAAAAUAUCCUAUUGCUUCUAGAAUUUGGAGAAAUAUUUGGGCAGAUUGUUUUUAUAAAUGCUUUUCACAAAAUCACUUUAGAGAAUUAAAAAUGAGAUUUCUUAGAGAAUUAGGAAUGAUAAGAAAUAUUUUUCAUCAGUUCCCAAUCAGAUACAAUGAAAAUUUAGAAGUUAUAGCUCAUCAUCAUGCAUCAACAAAUGCUAAAGCAAACAAACUUUUAGUAGUAGGUACUGAAAAUAGUAAAGUACAUGAAGUUGCUGCUUUUACUAGUCCACCAUUUGCUAGUUUAUUAAUUAAUAAAUUUUAUAAUGCACUUUUGGAGGAACAAAAACAUACAAAUAAUAAUAUACUAAAAAGCAAAAAAGAAUCAAGACAGUUUUAUUUAUUACUUUCUACACGUAUAAGUGAUGUUGGAAUUGGAGUUAUUUUAUAUGAAAAUAAAUUAUCUAUUGUAUUAACAUUUAAAUAG